AGGACCAACCAUCAGAGAAAUGCCAGCGAGGAAGAAAGCCUCGAGGAACAACCUAAAAUACUCUAGAUCUCCUAAAGUCAUGCCUAAGAAUAAGCUACCAGAUCUAGAAAGCCACUUGGAAGCUAAACAGUCAGAUAGUAAUAGACCUCCACAGUCUACAGGUUUGUUCGAUAUUUGGUACCACAAGGAUAGGUCAGCGAUGAUCAUUCUCGUCAUCUUGUACCUUCUCCAAGGUGUCCCGACCGGUUUGGCAUUCGGAAGCAUUCCUUUCUUACUCAAAUCUAAACUUUCCUACUCACAGAUCGGCGUCUUCUCUCUCUCGACAUACCCGUACUCACUCAAACUACUCUGGUCACCAAUCGUAGACGCAUGUUUCAACCAGAAACUAGGCAGGCGUAAGAGCUGGAUCGUUCCUAUCCAAUUUCUCGUCGGUGCCAUGAUGUAUUGGAUGUCCUUCUGGAUUCAAGACAGUCUAGCACAAGAAGUACCAGACGUCAACCUACUCACUUUCACUUUCUUCUCGUUGAUCUUCUUGGCUGCAACUCAAGACAUCGCUGUAGAUGGAUGGGCUUUGACACUCCUCAGCCACGAGAACCUCUCAUUUGCAUCAACAGCACAAACCAUUGGUUUAAACACUGGUUACUUCCUUUCAUUCACAGUCUUUUUGGCCUUGAAUUCCGUAGAGUUUAGCAACAAAUACUUUAGAUCGACCCCGUUAGACUACCCACUCGUUACACUUGGUGGAUACCUUCAAUUCUUUGGUCUUGUCUUUGUUUUGUUCACAAUUUGGCUUGCAUUCUUCAAAAAAGAGGAGAAUGUCAUAGAAAACCAAGAUGAAAUGGAUAUUAAAAAGGUCUACAAUCAGAUGUUAUCAAUUCUGAAACUCAAACACGUUCAAUCAUUUGUAAUCGUCCAUUUGGUUGCCAAAAUUGGUUUCCAAGCGAAUGAAGCAGUUACUUCUCUUAAGUUAUUAGAGAAAGGCCUCAGCAGAGAAGACCUCGCUUUGGCAGUUCUCAUAGAUUUCCCAGUCCAAAUCAUCGGCGGAUGGCUCGCUGCUCGCUGGUCACAAGGACGCAACCCACUGAAACCAUGGUUGGGUGCAUUCGUCGGUAGAUUAGCCUACGCAAUUGUAGCUAUGCUCGCCAUAAAGCUAAUCGAGCCACCUGUAACUUCAUCCGUUUUUGCAUCUGUUAUUGCAAUGACAUUAGUCGGUGGAUUCAUGUCGACUGUCCAAUUCGUCGGUAUAUGCGCCUUCCACACGCAGAUUGCCGAUCCACUGAUUGGAGGUACUUACAUGACUCUCCUUAACACAGUCUCCAACCUCGGUGGAACCUGGCCUCGCUAUUUUGUUCUCAAGGCAGUAGAUGGGCUCAGCAUAGCAACCUGUCACGUUCACGAGGAAAAUGAGGACGUCAUUGUCAAAGCCCAAGAGUGCAGCUCUGAGCAUGGAAAAUCUCUCUGUACGGAUAUUGGUGGUCAAUGUGUCGUUGAGCGCGACGGUUACUUUGUUACGAGCACCCUUUGCGUCGUUAUCGGAACAGUCAUUCUUUUUACCUACAUAUAUCCAACUGCACGUAAAUUGCAACAACUGCCAUUAUCUGCAUGGCGUAUCAAAACCAAAUCGGCAAGUCAUACCGUAUAAAUAAAACGCAAAUAUUGUACUUUAAACCAUUUGACUUAAACUUCCGCC